AUGAACAAGGUCCUUUCAACCACUCUUUGCUUUGGACUCCUAACUUUGUUAACUGUAAUGAUUUUUUUGGAAUUGGUGCAUGGACAGCCAUAUCUUACCCAAGGAAAUGAACUAUUUCCAGAUAAGGAAGAUACAAAUAAUGAGGAACUACUGCUGGCUUUACUGAAUAAACAUUUUGAUUUCCAAAGACCUUCCAACAUUGAUAGAUAACUGGCUAGCAAAUUGGAAGAACUUAAGCAGUUGGAAAAGCUAAAAGAGCAGUUUACGGAGGCAAAAGAUGUUGAGAUAUCCUAUGCUAUAGAUGGUCCAUCUUCUUCCCCUCCAAGCAAGCGAGCCAUGAGAAAGGAGGAUAUCCUGUCUUCUGCAACGACACGGAUGACAUCUGAGCCCAUUAUGCAUCAUGAACUAUUUGAGACACAGCAUGUCUGGAAGAGAUGACACUCAUUGUGGAAGCAGCAGCACCCAGUUGGAUUAGAACCUUACAAAUAUCCAGAUGGAGAAAAAGGGAAGAAAGAACUUCCAAGGAAU